CCUAGUUAUUUUAAGACGACUUGUGUGAAUGAUGAAUAAUUUUUGGAAAGCGACAAUUGUCUUGGGUGCCUUCAUCGCAGCAGCACAAUGCCUGACCUGUCGUCAGUGUCCCAUUGGCAUCUUUGGAACAUGCUUCCUAUCAAAAGAUGUCACUUGUACUAAUACAAAUCAGAGCUGCUUCAGAGGAGAUGCACUGUUCAGCGCUGCUGGGGGUCUGAAGCUGCACACCCGCGGCUGCCUGGAGUCGGAUCUGUGCGGGGCGUCGCUGAACGGCUCCAUCCUCAGUGUGGCCUACAGCACCUCUUUCCAGUGUUGUAACACAGACGUGUGUAACGGAGCCACUUCCAUCCAGCUCCCACUCACUGUGGCUCUCUUUGCUGCUCUCCUGGCCUCCCUGUGGAGCUGCUUGAAUCCAUAG